AGCCGAUCAGCGUGGGACGCGCCGCCUGCCAGGAGGUGUGUUCAGUGCGCACAGUGCGGUCACUCUGAGGUGUCGUGUAGUGUGAAGGAGUCCGGCGGAUUUACGCAGCAAGAUGUUUGGAUUUCUAGUCUCCACAAUCACGCAACAGGCUGCUGAAAUACUGUGAUGGAGAACGACUGCUGGCUGCUUUCCUGCGCGCAAAGAUGUACCACGCGUCUGGCACGUUUUUGUCUGGAAGAGUGCUCUAAAACGUGAUUUUGGAGUUUCACUUUGACACGGGGGGAAAUAUGUAGUCCAGCUUGGAUUUGCAAAGAGCUCAGAGCCAUGUAUAGAGGAGGAAUGGGUCGCAAGCAUGCGUCAGCUGUGCUUCUGCGGACGCUCGUCCUGUCGCUGCUUUGCGCGCAGUCGCUCGGACAGGUGUUCAACCUGACGCUGUCUGUUAAAGAGGGUCUGCCUGCUAAAACCAUCGUCGGGGAUCUGGGUGCGGGGUUAAGCAGGCCAAGCACUGGAUUCUUCAUCUCAGAGAGUAGAGACUCGUACGUGUUUAGAGACCUGGAAAUAGACGCCGACACCGGGAUCAUCUCCACGGCUGUGAUCCUGGACAGAGAGAGCAGAGAUAAGUAUGAAUUCGUGGCAGCCACGCUCACUGGAGAGAUGAUCAAAGUGAAAAUAGAGGUGAAAGAUGUGAACGACCAUUCACCUGUGUUCCCCUCAGGGCAGGUGGAGUUGGACAUAUCAGAGUUAAGCCCACCAGGGAGCCGGUUUCAGCUGGAAGGUGCCAAAGAUCAGGAUGAAGGAGAGUUUGGCACUCAGGGAUACAUGAUCAGAGAGAGUGAGAUGGCCGAGUUGUUCCACUUGGAUUAUCGCAGUGGAUCAGAGAACCACCUCAGCCUGGAUUUGGUCCUGAGUAGCAAACUAGACAGAGAAACACAAGACUUCUACUCCCUGACCAUUGAGGCCUUUGAUGGUGGGAUCCCGGCCAGGACUGGGACUCUCCAGGUGAACAUCCACAUCCUGGAUGAGAACGACCACCCUCCUGUGUUCAACCAGACUGAGUACCACACCUCAGUACGAGAGGAUGCUCCCAUCAUGUCCGCUGUGUGUCAGGUUCAGGCCACCGACCUCGACUUGGGUGACAACGGCAGAAUCACCUAUGAGAUCAAUAGGAGGCAGAGCGACCCGAAUGAAGUUUUCUCCAUCAAUGAAACCACUGGAGUGGUUUACCUCAACAAGCCGCUCGACUUUGAGGCACAGGCCUUUCAUGAGUUGAUCAUCAGUGCGAGAGACAACGGAGCUCAGCCAGAGCACAGCAGCACCUUUGUGAGCGUCAAGGUGCUUAACAUCAAUGAUAAUAGUCCCAGCAUCAGUGUGUUGUUUCUAAGUGAGACAGGAGACGCCGUGGUUUCAGAGGCAGCAGCGAUUGGGGACUAUGUUGCUCGGAUUUCGGUGUCGGACCCUGACCUUGAGGGGGAGAAGGUCACCGUCACGCUGGAGGGAGGAGAUGGGAAGUUUAGCCUGAAGCAGACGGAUGAUUUUCUGUAUGCUUUGUGUGUGAACUCUGAGCUAGACAGGGAAGAGCAGGAUCUGUAUGAACUGAAGGUCCAAGCAUCAGACUCUGGAAGCCCUCCUCUGAGCAGUGAGAUGGUUUUCCUCCUGAAGGUCUCUGACACAAAUGACUGCCACCCGGUCUUUGAGAAGGACGUGCACAUCGUGAGCAUCGUUGAGGAUGCUCCUCAGGGCAGCUCCCUCAUCCGGCUUCAGGCCCGAGACGCAGACGAAGGCGUCAACUCGGACAUCAGAUAUUCCAUCCUGAAGUCCAACCAGGACGGCCUGAUCGGCAUCGACCCAGAGUCGGGCUUGGUCACCACUGCUGCAGCUCUGGACAGGGAGACACAGAUGGAGGUGUGGUUCCUGGUGGUGGCAGUGGAUGGAGGGGAACCGGCCCUGUCGUCCACAGCUACAGUCACGCUGCUGGUGGAGGACGUCAACGACAACGAGCCGAUGUUCCAGCAGCAGCUGUACAACGUCUCCAUAGCAGAACACAGCGACAUCGGAAGCUGCUUUUUACAAGUUGUUGCCACAGAUGCAGACAGCCCUGAGUUUGGUGCUUUGCUCUACUCUCUGUCUGACGGCUUUGACCAACAAGACAAACAUCCUCUCUUCCAAAUCCACCCAAACACAGGAGAGCUGUGUGUGUCGCAGGAUAUCGAUCGAGAUGCUGGACAGACGGUGCACGACAUUCUGAUCAAAGCUGAAGAUCCAGGAGGCCUGAGUGCUCAAACCUACGUGCACAUUGAGAUCGAGGACUUGAAUGAUAACAUCCCGGUGUUCAACCCUGAAGAGUACACCGUCAGCGUCAGCAGUCACGCACGGCCGGGAACAGAAAUCGUCAACGUCAUCGCUACGGACCGAGAUUCUGGCCGGUUUGGGCAGGUCACCUACGAUCUCCUCCCUGGAGACAUGUCCGGCUUGUUUGCACUGGACAGACAAACAGGAAUGCUGAUCCUGACCUCCAGUCUGACCCACCUGGGGUCAGUCGGUGUGAAACUCUCCAUAAUGGCUCAGGACGGAGACGGUUUGACCUCGGCCAGACCGGCAGAUGUCACUGUCAACGUUUUACGCAGUGUUCAGGCCCCAGCUGUGUUCGAGAGGUCACGCUACUCUUUCACGGUGCCUGAAGACGCACCGCUGGGCACGUCUGUGGGCACCGUGGAGGCCAUCAAUCCAACCGACUCUGUGGAAUCUGCAUCUUACCGGAUAUCUUCUGGAGACCCUCAGAGUUUGUUCUCCGUUCAUCCCAAGUCCGGUCUGAUCAGCAACAUCAGACCUCUGGACCACGAGUCUCAGCCGAACGCCCUGCUGGUCCUCCAAUGCUACACCGACUCCUCUCCUGUUUACAGCACCACACAGGUCAACAUCACCAUCGCUGAUGUCAAUGACAACGCCCCCAUCUUCCCCAAACGCAGCGACGCCAUCACAGUGUCACAAAACACUCCACCAGGUACAGUGUUGUUCAUCGCCCAUGCACACGACUACGACAGCGGCGCCAAUGGGAGGGUGCAGUAUUUCCUGAAGAGCAGCCGAAAUGGUACAUUUGUUGUCGACCACAACCUUGGAACAGUUACGUUAAACCAGAGUUUACAGGUGGACCGUCAGCAGAGCUACAGCCUGGAAAUCGUGGCUAAAGAUGAAGGAGAGCAUCCUCUGAGCUCCACGCUGACCCUCUCGGUGAAUGUCGACCGAACAGCUGCAGAGGACAGCCUGGCCUUCGAGACGCUGGUCUACCAGGUGGAGAUCGGUGAAGGCUACCGGAAAGACUCUCGGGUCAUCCAGGUGAGAGCACACCGGACUCGGGGAGCUCACAUGUCAAACUCAGGCCUCAUUUACUCUUUGGAGGCUGAAGCUGGGUUUCCUCCGGCUCCUUUUCGGAUUCACCCAAACACUGGAUGGUUGUAUCUCUCCCAAAACCUCGACUACGAGACGGAGUAUAGGUAUCGUUUUCAAGUGUUGGCUACGACCAAAGAGGCCUCACUGGCAAACACCACGGCUACAGCCUCAGUCAUAGUGUUAGUUCUGGACAUCAACGACAAUCCCCCAGUGUUCAGCAGUGAGGUUUACUACUUUACUGUGUCAGAGGGGUCUUCGCCACAGGGCCUGGUGGGAACAGUCAAGGCCGUCGAUAAGGAUUCUGGGAAAAACAGCCAGCUGUCCUAUAUCCUGCUCUCAGAUGGGAAAUUCUUCCGCAUCAAUUCAAAAACAGGUGAAAUCAUGAACUGGGUGGCGUUGGACCGGGAACAGCACGGCCAGCACAGUCUGAAGGUGAUGGUAACGGAUCAGGGUCACCCUCGACUCAACGCCACCGCCACCGUUCACAUCCUCAUCACUGACGUCAACGACAACGCUCCACAGUUUACACACCUGCCGGCCAGCAAAGAGCUCAGUGUGCAGAUCUGGGCUGGUUUACCAACAGGAUCACUGGUGACAAACAUGUUUGCCAAAGAUCUGGAUGCAGGAGAGAAUGGAACAGUUACUCAUUCGCUGGUUGCAGAGGAUGAUGAUCUUGGACACUUUGAGAUUGACAGUGAAAGUGGAGACAUCAGAACUACAGAACUUUUCUCUCAGAACGCUGAACCGUACUACAGUCUGAAAAUAACCGCUAAGGACAGCGGAGCGUCGCCUCAGGAGGAGACUGCAGUCAUCCAUGUCCAGGUUCAUGGACUAGAGGCUCUGUAUGGCCGCUCCCACCACCAGAUUGUGAGACGUUUCCAGGUGAGGGAGGACACGGAGCCUGCGACCGUCAUCGGCUCUGCGAGAGUUUCAGAUAAAGGCAGGUUUCACUAUUCCAUCACCGAGGGUGACGGCAGCGUUCACUUCGGCGUCGACGGCUCCUCUGGUGACAUUUACAUCAACCAGCCGCUGGACUAUGAGUCUGCUAUGCAGUACUUCCUCGUGGUUCGAGCUGAGGAUGUUGGCUCGUCUCCCAGCGUGAACGUGUCUGUGCUGGUGACGGUGAUGGUUGAGGAUGUGAACGACCACACUCCCUGGUUCACUGACAAGCUGGUGAUGUUUGGCCUGAGGGAGGAUGCUGCUGUUGGAUCACUCGUGUUUGCUUUUCAUGCCAGAGACGCUGAUGGGACUUUUCCAAACAGCGCCCUCCGGUACUCCCUGACUUUUGACCCUGACGUCAGCGGGUCGCCGUCCCGCUUCCCCUUUCUGAUCAACCCUUUUACCGGCAGCCUGACUGUGGCGGCGCCUUUAGACCGAGAGAGCAACCCCAGCUUUGCCUUCACGGUGAUCGCCACCGACCAGGCCAAGAAGAGGGAUGAGCGAAAACGGACGUCGGUGACAGUUCAGCUCUUCCUGCUGGAUGUGAACGACAACCGGCCGGUGUUUGUUUCGGCGGACACAGUUCGGCUGAUGGAGGACGCUGAGGUGGGGAGUCUGCUGCAUCAUUUUGUGGCCAUAGAUGGAGAUCAAGGUGAAAACGGAGUUGUCUCCUUCUCCAUUAUGGCUGGAAACAAAGGAUUCUUCACACUGGAGGAGAAAACAGGCCUCUUGUUCCUCUCAGCCCCUCUGGACUAUGAGACUCUACGUUUCCACCGCCUGACCAUCCGAGCGGUGGAUCAUGGCCUCCCCUCGCUGUCAUCCACGCAGACCCUGACGGUGGAGGUGGGCGACGUGAACGACCAGGCGCCGGUCUUCAGUCAGAGCCUCUACAACGCCAGUGUGGCCGAGAACAGAGACCCUGGAGAACCUGUGGUCAGAGUCUCCGCCACCGACGAGGACUCAGAGGAGAACGCUGUGGUGUGGUACAGUCUGCUGCCAGGUCCCGGCUACGAGCUGUUCAGCAUCAACCCAUACACCGGUCUGAUCACCACCACCUCCUACCUGGACAGAGAACAGCAGCAGCACUUCACUCUCAGAGUUCAGGCUCGCGACAGCAGCACUCGGCCUCUUUCCGGCACCGCCACAGUGCUGUGCUCUGUGCUGGAUGAAAACGACAACCCUCCAGAGUUCAUGCAGUCGUCAUUCCGCAUCAGCCUGCCGGAAAACCUUCCUCCGGGGGUCGUCCACACUGCUCAGGCCUCCGACCCCGACCAUGGAGAAAACGGCACAAUACACUACUCCAUACUAGGUGAGGACUACAGAGGUCGGUUCACCAUCAACAGCCACACAGGAGACGUCAGCACCACGCAGCUCCUUGACCGGGAAGAAGCUCAGAACUACACUCUCACCAUCCAGGCCCGGGACUAUGGCCCUGCUCCACUCAGCUCCUCCACUCAGCUGCAGCUGGUGCUGCUGGACCAGAACGAUAACGUCCCCUCCUUCAGCCGUAAGAGCUACCACGCCUCCAUCAGCGAGGGCCUACCUGCAGGGACUGAGGUCCUGCGGGUCGGUGCCUUCGAUCCUGACGAGGGCUCCAACGGGGAUGUGACCUACUCCCUGACGGACGACAGCAGCCAGGGCGCCUUUUCAAUAGAUGCCUUCACCGGAGCGAUUCUCACCACCAGGUCUCUGGACAGAGAGAGCAGAGCUCAGUACACCCUCAGAGCUGUGGCCACUGACGGCUGCUCUCAGGGCCCGCUGAGCUCUGUGGCAUCAGUGACCAUACAGGUGGAGGACGUGAAUGACAACAUGCCAGUCUGUGACCAGAAUCCCUUUAACGCGUGGGUUUCCAUGAGGACUCUGCCGAACCAGAUAGUUACCACAGUGGAGGCAACAGACAGUGACCAGGGGGAGAAUGGGACAAUUCAGUUUACGUUGUCCGAUGAGGAAAAUCUGUUCGACAUCAACGGCGAGUCAGGAGAGAUUUCACUGAGGAGGCGAGUGAGAGCAGGUUUCUCUGGGAGGAAGCUGCAGGUUGAGGUUUCAGACAGAGGACAUCCUGCUCUGACCUCCACCUGCCUGGUUUUCAUCCAUCUGAAGGGAGAACAUGAAGGACUCCAGUUCACAAACAAAGUGUAUAACGCUUCAGUCAAGGAGAACAGCAGAUCCGGUACUUGGAUCACAAAAGUGGAGGCCAGUGACCAAACCAACAGCAGACAAAGAGUCACAUACACCAUAUUUAGUGGCAAUGAGAAUCACAUUUUUUCAAUAAACCGUCACACAGGUGAGAUCCGAGUGCAGAAAGACAACUCUCUGGACUUUGAGGUGAGUCCUGAGAUAAAGCUUGUGGUGCUGGCUGACAGUGGGCUGCAGACGGCUCACUGCACAGUCUCCAUCAGCCUGCAGGACGUCAACGACAACGCACCACAGUUUGAAUACAGCAGCUACAGAACAGCCGUCUGGGAGGGACAAGUGCACAACACCUACAUUAUGCAGGUCUUUGCAUCUGAUGCUGACAGCAGUAUGAAUGGACAGAUUGAAUACUCCAUCCUCUCCGGUAACCAUAAUGAAGCAUUCAUUUUGGACUCGGUGCGAGGCAUCCUGGCUACCAACGUUUUACUGGACCGUGAGAUCACUCCCUCGUACAAGUUGGUUCUGCAGGCAGCAGACAGGGGGAAACCUUCGCUCAGCAGCACCGCCACCGUUAGAGUCCAAGUGGUGGACGUCAACGACAACAGUCCUGCCAUCCCACCCAUGGAGCCUGUGGUUAUAGCUGAGAACCUCCCAGCAGGUUACAUGGUCACCCAGGUGUCUGCAAACGACGUUGACCUGAGCUCAACCAUCACCUACAGCUUCUCAGACAACAGCAGCAUCAGUGCUCCCUUUGCCAUAGACCGGUACACCGGUGUCGUCACUCUGACUCGAGCUCUGGACUACGAGGAACAGUCGGAAUACACUCUGACAGUGUGGGCGUCUGAUUCCCUGCAUCAGACCACCGGAGAUGUUAAAGUCCAGGUGCUUGACAUCAAUGACAACGCUCCGGUCUUCAGCCAGGUCUCCUACCAGGUGGAGUUGUCGGAGCUGGUUUCAGCAAACACAUUCGUUCUGUCAGUGUCUGCUACCGACACAGACUCUGGACUCAAUGGCAAAAUCAGCUACCGACUGCUUUCAUCUCCACUGCAAGGCUUUUACAUCCAUCCAGACAAUGGUUCUGUUUUCACCAACAAAGCAUUAAAGGCCAUCACAAACAGCAACCUGAUCCAUCUACUGGUUGAGGCUAGAGAUGGAGGCGACCCUGUGCGCUCUACUGUCACUUCCAUAGACGUGCUGAUCGUGGACAUCAACGAUCAUGAACCUUUGUUUCACCAGGACAUCUACACGCUCACCGUCCCGGAGGACACACCCACAGACACCACCCUGCUAACGCUGUCUGCCGAAGACCAAGACUGGAGCCCUGAAAACACCCAUUUGGACUACAGCAUCGUCAGGGGAAAUGAGGAGGGAAGAUUCUGUCUGGAAGUGAAGAUGAUUCCAGUUGAGAAUCAGAUGAAACAUGUAGGAAAGCUUGUUCUGUGCAAGCGUUUGGAUCGCGAGACAAUGGAGAGCUAUGCGCUAACUGUUAGCGUGUCUGAUCGGGGAACACCUCCAUUGAAUAGCUCGGCCAUCAUCAUGGUGACAGUGACGGACUGCAAUGACAAUGCCCCCGUCUUUUCCAGCACUGAGUACCACACUCAGGUGAGUGAGAACAGCCAGAUAGGUACCAAACUGGUUCAGAUCAGCGCUCAGGAUCCAGACCUGGGAAUCAACGGCCUUUUGCGAUAUGACAUUAUAUCUGGAAACAACAAAGGCCAUCUCAAGCUUGACCCUCAGUCUGGCCUUUUGGUGGUCAACCACUUGCUGGACUAUGAGGAAGACUCAAAAUACACCCUCACCAUCAGAGCAUCAGAUGGUGGCGAGUCAUCUGAACAGCAUAAGGUGGCUUUCACAGUUGUCUUCAUCACAGUGCUGGAUGAGAACGACAACACUCCAUAUUUCAUGUUCCCUACAGUUAACUGUUCUGUUCUGGAGAAUCUCCCAGCAUUCACCCACGCAUGUUCUGUCCAUGCGGUUGACAACGACUUAGGCACCUAUGGCCAGCUCACCUACUCUAUUCUGUCCUCCUGCUUCAUGGACUAUGGCAGCGGCAGCCCAGAGAGGAAGGAGGCCUUUGCCAUCGACCCUCUUACGGGCGACAUUCACACCAGACAAACUUUUGAUUAUGAACGAGAGAGCGAGUACUGUUUUGUCGUGGAGGCCAGGGACAAAGGUGACAAAGCAGCGACAGUGAGAGUACAGGUGGUCAUCAAGGGAGUGGAUGAGUUCAGUCCCAUCUUCACCCAAAAGCAGUACCACUUCCUCUUGCCAGAAAACGUAAAACUCGGAGAGACGGUUGGCUACGUGAUGGCGAUGGACCAUGAUGGCGGGGUGGACGGGCUGGUGGAGUACUCUCUUGUGAAUUCGUCGCCGUUCUUCUCGAUUAACAAAACGGUUGGUGCCAUCUCUGUGUCAGGUCCUGUGUUUCGCAGAAGAGGCAGCCACGUCAAUGACGACGUGGUGGAACUGGUUGUGUCUGCAGGUAGUCCCAGAUUGGGCUCCAGGACCACAACAUGCCUAGUUUUUGUCAACAUCUCCAGCUCAGCAGAAGCACUGACCGGGGUUCCUCUCGAUGCACACAUGCUUAGUCUGAGCGUCUCACUAAUCAUGUUCGUGUUUGUCCUUGCUAUUUUUGUGGGCUUGGUUCUCAGGUACAAGCUCAAGGAAGCUGCCAUCAAAAAGGCCGCUACCAUUGCUGCACACUUGAACCCCAGCUCAGGCUCCAUCAGUAGAUCCAAUGGCCAAAGUGACAUAUCUCUGCAGGAGAUGACACGACCCAGCCUCUUAGUAACCAAGAGGGACAUCGCACUCCCGUACAAUCCGUCAGACUCAAGUGGCCGUGGAUCAGCAGAAGGUGAGACAGCUGAGGACCAGGAGAUUAAGUGGAUCAAUGAGUUCCCCUGCCGGAAACGAGAUGAACCCAGCAAACAGACUACAGAGAUCCCGGACUCUGCCUUGCCUGGAGAUAAUAUCUCCUGUCACUCUAUUGAUGUAGGACCGGAGCACAUUUUAGCAGUCACUAAAUGUUUAGUCUCAGGGAUGCCCAGCACAGAAAGUCUCCACCACUUCAAAGAGGAGGGAGGAGGUGAGGGACUACUUCCUGCAAUACUCAGGGUGAGAGAUUUGGAGGAGAACGUGAGAACGAAAGGAUACCCCCCCCUUUCUGAAGCCCAAGCCUCCGAGGAUUGUCUGUCCUCACUGGUUUGUCUGGAGGAGCAGCUGCAGGGAAGCUACAACUGGGACUACCUUUUAGACUGGGAGCCACACUUCCAGACUCUGGCAUCUGUAUUCACAGAUAUCGGGAUGCUCCCUGAUGAGGAGCUUCAAGGCGGCCGUGAGGACUUAGCAGCAGAGUCAAGCUGUCUCAUGUACCCACCGCCUCUUAUAACUGGGGUGGCUCAGCCUGGCAUUAGGACUGUUCCCCCACGAAAGCCAGGGCGAGUGCCAACGCUGAGCAGGAAGCCCUCUUACCGCAAGUAUACUUAUUCCCCUCUAGCCAGAAACACAGGACUCACCCCAUCAGCUAUGACGCCCACUUUCUCUCCAUCACUGUCGUCUCUUACCAUCAGGACCCCCAGUGCCUCACCAGUGGUCUCAGAGACCGGGGUGGGGGGGAUCAGACUUGACUCAGGGCCCCUCACUGCAAGCCUUUUGGAAGCAGAAAUACAGGUAUAAACACCAACUUUGGCCAAGUUUAUCUGUGACAUUCAAUUUCACCCUUAAUUUGCCAUCUGAAGGAUUUUUAAGGGACGUUGCACGGUUCAUUUUUUGAUUUAUUUCUGAUGUACUCCUGGACUCCAUCAUUAUCACAUUUUCAUUUUAAUGAUUUUAGACAUAACAGUUUUGUGAGGCUAAACUCGAGGGGGGUGAUAUGAACAUAAUAUAGUGAUUUAAUUACUUAGGUUGAGCUUGAUUUCAUAACUCGCUUCUGUAAUAAAACUAAACAAAUACUUGGAAAAGCCUGAACUGAUGCCUGUCUUGCAUUAUAUUCUUGUAAUGCAACAGUUUGAAUGAGAGCAGAUGUUCUAGUCUUCAAUUAAUUAAAGAAUAUUUUAAUGUAAACAUGUUUAUAUGUGCAGAAAAUGAAACACUUUUUUAUUGCAGUUGGUUGCAGCUUCUAAAUGGAAACUUUUAUACGGUUGGUUUAACUGUAAUAACCAAAGAAAGGCAACAUUGUUAUGUGGUUUUGUCUAUCUUCCUGGAAUCAUAAAAAAAAUUGUGUUUUAAAUCCAGGCCCUUUCUUGCCUCCUUCUUCUUUAAUGUAUUCUGCCAAUGAAACGUCAAUAAAAUCCAAUGACAUACAGAACUUAUUUUAUUCCUUUGAUUUAGGGCUGAAUUUAAUAUCAUAUUCAGUCUUUUAAAGCUAGAAAAAAGUGUACAUGUAUGCAGACUUCAUCCAAAACCAAAAGAAAGGAGAAAGGAUUCUUCACUGACAGUUAUUUUGUUCAGAUUCCAGAAAUGGAGUUAUAUUGUCUUGCUGUCGCUGUUCAUAAACCAGUUCCAGAUUCUGGCUGUUGUACUUUAUCCUCAUGAACAGAAAUGGUCUGUUUGCUCUAUGAUUGUUUCUGUCUGUGCUGACUGUCAGCUGACUGGAUACCCCGUUAAUAAACAGCACUUUAUGUACAAUUUCCAGAGAAUUGUAAGACUUUAAAUAUUAAUAAAUUUGCAAAGAAGUGAUUUGCAAUAAA